AUGGCGACCCCCAAGUCGAAAGUCCUGCCCAUUGUUCCGCUGGCCGCGCCGUCCGCCCUGUUCCCCGGCGUGACCCUCAAUCUUCCCAUUGUGAACCGCGCCGAUGUCGCCUCUCUUCUCGCACACAUCUACAGCCGCGCCGCAAGCCCCAAGACCGAUGCCCCCGUCACGAUAGGCUGCGUGCCGCUGAACUCGCCCCUUCUUUCGCGCGACGGCCAGCGCCUCAUCGACGCCGAUGCCGCUGCCAAGAAGAAGGCCGCGAAGCCCGACGCCAAAGACCCCGUUCACGCCACAAAAGACGACCUGUUCUCCUUCGGCACUGUGGCCAAGGUGUCGGGUGUGCAGGGCCGCGGCCAGGGAGAGCUGAGCCUGCUGGUCGAGGGCAUCAGCCGUUUCAAGGUCCAGAAUGUCAUUCAGGAGCGACCCUACUUUGAGGCCGAAUUGGUUCAUCUGGAGGAUGAAUUCGUCAAUCCCACCGACUCCACCAUGCUCAACCUCUUCUCCGAGCUCAAGCAGCUGUCACGCGAGUACCUGGCUCUCGUCCGCCUAUCAUCCAUCUUGCCUCGGAUGAACAUGACAAUAACACCGUUGAUGGCACGGCGGCUGGAGCUGUUCAUUGCAAAGAAGGACGUCUCCGAGGCCGGCCUGCUGGCCGAUGUCAUGGCUGCCAACGCCAUAGAGUGCACCCACGAGGAGAAACUGCGCGUUCUGUCUGCCGUUUCUGUCAAGGAUCGUGUUCAACGAGUCAUCGAGAUCUUGCAGAAGCAAAUCCAGGCCAUCCAAGGAAGCAGCCGGAUGCUGACCGCCAAUCCCGCCAAACCCUCGACCGGCAUCGACGCGGAAAAGAUCGAGAGAUGGAACAAGGCACGGUUAAGGAUGCCCAAUAACCUUAGCAGCAUGAGCGGCUUCCCCGGGUUUCCCGGCUUCCCCGGUGGCAAUGCUGGAGCCGGCGGCCAGGAGGAAGGCAACGAGCUGGAUGAGCUGAAGAAGAGAUUAGAGGAGGCCAAGAUGAGCCCUGAGGCACAAAAGGUCGCGCAACGCGAGAUGCAGAGGCUACAGAAGAUGAACCCCGCUCAGGCCGAAUAUCAGGUCUGCAGGAAUUACCUGGAGAAUCUUGCCGACAUUCCUUGGUCCAAGUUGACCGAAGAUCAGCUGGAUGCACAGACUCUCGCAAGGGCAAGAAAGCAACUCGACGACGAUCACCAUGGCUUGGAAAAGAUCAAGAAGCGUCUGCUGGAAUACCUUGCUGUUCUCAAGCUCAAGCAAUCUGUUAACGCCGACAUCGAGGCUCAGAUCAAGAUGUUGUCUGAGUCGGCUCUCAAGGACAGCGCAAAGGACUCGAAGGAGGAACACGAGGAGAAGGAGGCAGCUGCAGAUGAGGCAAGAGAGACCUCCUUGGUGAAGACAACCCCGAAAGACCCAAGCGAGGCCGAGCUUCGUCUGUUGGAGAAGAAGCGCAUGGUCGACAAGUCACCGAUUCUUCUCCUUGUUGGUCCUCCUGGCACGGGUAAGACCAGCUUGGCCAAGUCUGUGGCAACGGCCCUUGGCCGCAAGUUCCACCGGAUCUCCCUCGGUGGUGUGCGUGAUGAGGCCGAAAUCCGUGGCCACAGAAGAACCUACGUAGCCGCGAUGCCUGGUCUGAUUGUGCAGGGGCUGAAGAAGGUUGGCGUUGCUAACCCAGUCUUCCUGCUUGACGAGAUCGACAAAAUUGGCAUGUCAAAUCACAAUGGCGACCCAUCGGCAGCGAUGCUCGAAGUCUUGGACCCGGAGCAGAACCACACCUUCACCGACCAUUACAUCAACAUCCCUAUCGACUUGAGCAAGAUUCUCUUCAUCGCAACAGCAAACACUCUCGACACAAUCCCGCCUCCCCUUCUCGACAGAAUGGAGACUAUUCAGCUCUCUGGUUACACGACUCUGGAGAAGAGGCACAUUGCCACACGGCACUUGCUCCCCAAGCAAAUAACGACCAACGGGCUUGCCUCAGACAAGGUCCUGUUGCCCGAAGAGGUUAUUGACAAGAUCAUCACUUCCUACACCCGAGAAUCGGGUGUCAGGAAUUUGGAACGCGAGUUGGGAAGCGUUUGCCGGUACAAAGCGGUCGAGUAUGCUGAGGCCAUCGAUGCCCACAGCCUGCAGCUCUAUCAACCAGAGGUGAACGUGGAGGACCUGGAGAAGAUUUUGGGCGUCGAAACUUUCAGCGAGGAGCUUGCCGAGAGGCAUUCUAGGCCUGGUGUCGUAACCGGCCUUGUGGCUUACAGCACUGGCGGCCAAGGAAGCAUCUUGUUCAUCGAGAUUGCGGACAUGCCUGGCACUGGUCGCGUCCAACUUACCGGCAAGCUCGGCGACGUGCUCAAAGAGUCGGUUGAAGUGGCGCUCACGUGGGUGAAGGCGCACGCAUACGAGCUCGGUCUCUCGGCCAGUCCGGACAUGGAUAUCAUGAAGGAGCGUAGCAUCCACGUCCAUUGUCCGUCGGGUGCUAUUCCCAAGGACGGCCCCUCGGCUGGCCUUGCUCACACGAUUGCUCUUAUUUCCCUCUUCUCGGGCAAGCCGGUGUCUCCGCGACUGGCAAUGACGGGCGAGGUCUCGCUGCGCGGGCGGGUGCUGCCGGUGGGCGGCAUCAAGGAAAAGUUGAUCGGAGCGUUGCGCGCAGGCGUCGAGGUGGUUCUUCUGCCAGAGGCUAACCGCAAAGACGCCAAGGAUCUGCCUGACGAAGUCAAGAAUGGCCUUCGCAUCGAGCACGUUUCGCACAUCUGGGAAGCGAUGCGGCACGUGUGGCCGGAGGCGAGGUGGCCCGGCGAGAAGGGGUGGGCUGCGCUGGAGAGCAGACUGUAG